AACCGAGUAUCGUUUUUGAAAGAGACUUCAAAAUCAAUGGAGGAAAGCCCUAACAGUAACGUCACAGACUAAACGAAACAACAUUGCUGCAGUUCAUACGAAGAAGAGGAAAAAAAAAAAGCAGCGGCAGUGUAAUCGGCGGAGCCAUGGCGGCGCCCGAAACUCCUCUUUGUUACGUCGGCGUUGCCAGGCGAUCCGCCGCUUUUCGUCUCAUGAAACAAAUGGGUUGGGAAGAAGGGGAAGGUCUUGGCAAAGAUAAGCAAGGGAUCAAAGGAUACGUUCGAGUUUCUAACAAGCAGGACACAACUGGUAUUGGGUUAGAGAAGCCUAACCAAUGGGCAUUUGACACCACACAAUUUGAUAACAUACUCAAGAGAUUGAAAGUUCAAUCAGCGGUUUCCAAUGACACAGAGAGUAAUACGGAGAAAGUGGAAGCCAAAGCAACUGUCCCUGUCGACCCUGAGGUUUCUGUAUCCAAAGCUACUAGACCACAAGGAAGAUACAAGAAAAGAGAGAGAGGGAAGCUCGUCUCUCAAUAUUCCUUAAAGGAUCUCGAAGGAAUUCUUGUUAAAAAGGGUGACAUAUCUGGGGAUCGGGAUAUUGACAAUGCUGAUGAUGAAUUGGAUUUGUCGAAGACAUCUGAAACUCAAGAUUUUGAAAUUGAAGGAAGUAAAUACCCUGAUAUCCCUCCAGAGUGGUGGGGCUAUAAGUUUGGGUUUGUCUCUGGUGGAUUUCUAGGUGCAGCAUCAAAGAAGAAAAAGUCCUCUACAUCUGAAAGUGCUAAAAGCGGGAUGGCGAGAACUCCUUUUUUUGAACAAGAUCAAGAAGACCUCUACAAUUUAGUCCAAGAUAAAGCCACCACAGGAAAGCAAGGAUUAGGCAACAAGGACAGGCCCAAGAAAGUAGCUGGGUGCUAUUUUCAGGGUAAAAAGACGUCAUUUGGUAAUAGUGAUGACGAAGAUUCUGCUGACCUAGAUUCUCAGGAAAACCAAACUGAUGAUGAGGUGGAAAAGAUUGUUGAACCCAAAAUGAAGCUGAAGAAGUUGUGUAAGCAGAUUUUAAACCAGGUGCCUGGAGAGUCAUUGAAACUGAAACAGCUCAAAGAUCUUAUUGAAAAACAUUCACCUUCAAUUUUGUCCGACUUUUCUUCGAAAAGAGAGGCUGUUGCUUACUUGAAGCAAAAGCUGACAGGUAGUCGGAAGUUUUGUAUUGAAGGGAAAAGAGUGCGAUUAGCAUCUAAGAGAAGUUGAAAUUUUGAUACAUUUUUUGUGUCUUUUCUCAUUCAUUACAUUCUGGUGGAGAAAAAAAGGGGUUUUUUUAGGGUCGGGGAGGGGGAGUGUUUGGGGUUUGAGAUGCGCACUUCGAAGUGCAGAUUGUAUUGGUUGGAGUUAGUAUAAGGUAUAUUUCAUUGCUUAGCUUUCUCGAUGAAUGUUGUAAUAAUAUGUUAAUGAUUACAAAUUUACAUUAUUAGUAUUUUAUUUUUUAUGUAAUUUAGUUUAUAUUUUUUUUAUUGUAAGUUAAGAAUUAUCCCUUGUGCUCAUAGGAAUAAUGGUUGUGCAAUUGUGCUUGA